UCACGGCCUCUGUUGACAGACUGCGGUGCGCGACUGGAGCUCCACCGGGCGUGAGGUGGGGUGGGGAGAUUCUUUUAUUCAACCAGACCGGCGUGUCUCACGUAGAAUACCCGAUUAUCGCCACCUCAAAUGCCGGGAAUAGACAUUUUUACGAAGAAUAUUCAUGGCGUCGCGGUGUUGAACAUCACGUCCUCGAACGCACCAUUCAUUUUUUGCCAUACAAUGAUGCCGGCUUAAUUUUUCUCCUGGCGAUAUUUGUAAAUUUCUAAUCUAUAUAGAUGUGUUGUAGUCAUAUUGUUUGAAAGUUUUUUUCCGUUGAAACAUGGCAGGGUGUGUUUCAGAGCCGCUUUGUCGGCCGUGCGUUUACGAUGAGAAGGCGUUUAAAGUGGAGCUGCAGGUGAAGAGACCCCUGGUGCCGCUCCACCUGAGUCCUGAACAGGUGGCUCUGGAGAUGCUGUGUCUCUGUGGACAGCUGGACCUUCUCAUUAGGGCGCAGAUGCAGGAGUUUCAGGAGCAAUUAGGACUAGACUGUAGCCCCGAGGAGUCAGACACUUUCCAGCCUCAAGGAUCGGACAUUCUGGACCAGAUGCUGCAGUGCCUUGAACAUCUGCCAAAGCCUAUGCCACAGUUGGAGGAUUAUUUGGACAUGGUGGGUUUGUCGGCAAUGUUUCCGCGUGUAGAGGUGUUCCUCAUUCAAGGCAGCCCUGUGGACAUGCUGGAGAGGCCGCCAAUGGAUGACUAUUUCUCCCACAUUGCCAAAUUGAAUCAGCUCCUGGUGCUGAGUCAGCAGCUUGAGGAGGACAUCCGCCACCUGGGAAGUCAUAAGUACAUCGCCCACCAGCUCUCUGUUCUAUAUCAAGUAGUCAGCUCGUUCAGAGGAGUCCAAGUCUUCACGGAGACAAAGAAGGACAUUGAGGCCAACUUCAAGCACAUGAAGCAGUCUCUGGUGGUGGAGGAAGGCUCCAGGCAUGAACCUCAGCUGGCUGCUCAUUACAUCAACUGGAUACUAGAAGUCACUCACAACUUGACGUCGGCUGUGUUGUCGCUACCGGAUGAGCUGACGGACGACAUUCACCAAGCCGUGACCUUCAUGUCUCAGUUUGUGUCUUGAUGUUGUGGACCAAGACCCUCCUAAGGCCUACCAAUGGACUCAAUUUUUAAUUAUUAUAAUAAAGACAAUGACACGGUGCUAUGCCAUUCAACAAUGGGAUGAGAGAUGCCACUUACAGUAAAUUAAUUUUCACUGCUUUGACCUCAGUUAUAAAUC